AUGCGAUUGUUAAAUGUCUCAACUCUCUCCCUACAAGAGUUCAUUGGCCGAGUCCCUCCAUAUGCCAUACUCAGUCACACAUGGGGUGAACAGGAAGUCCUUUUCAGUGAUAUCGGCACUCCAACAGCCGCCUCAAAGCAAGGUUAUGCCAAACUCACCGGCUGUUGCAGAAAAGCAGCUCAAGAUGGCUUCGAUUGGGUCUGGAUAGAUACCUGCUGCAUCGACAAGUCCAGCAGCGCUGAACUUACUGAAGCCAUCAACUCCAUGUACGCCUGGUAUCAGAGGGCGACUGUGUGCUACGCCUACUUGCAGGACGUCACCGAUAAUAGCCUCACGUUGGCCUUUCCAGUCGUCGAGUUCUACAAAAGCAGGUGGUUCACUAGAGGAUGGACACUGCAGGAGCUGAUUGCACCGCAAACAGUUGAGCUCUGCUCCAAGGAAUGGAAUGUCAUUGGAACGAAGAGGAGUCUUGCUUCAGGCAUAGGCAGCGUCACAGGAAUACCCAUCUCAGUACUUCGUGGAGCGAAUCCGUCUACUUACAACGUCGCCGAGCGAAUGUCAUGGGCUUCAGCCAGAACCACAACCAGAGAAGAAGAUUUGGCCUACUGUCUUCUAGGUCUGUUCAACGUCAACAUGCCCCUGCUCUAUGGGGAGGGGUCGAAAUCUUUUUUGAGACUCCAGGAACAGAUCCUCAAACAGGAAGAAGACUACAGCAUUUUUGCGUGGACGCUACAGCAAGACAAUGGUCCAGUCAGUCAUUAUGUUCGCGCCACAGGAUUCCUAGCUUGGUCACCUGCGCAGUUUUCCAAUGCUGCUACGACGAGGACGAGUAUCCCAUUACGAGGACAGAAGCCGCAGGACUCGGGCAGCUACACACCUGCCACUCCUUCAAAAGAGGCUAUUGGCAACGAUCCAAUAUACCAGAUUCUUCACCAGAAAGACUACGACCGAAUGUUUCGCAGCUUUGACAGUAUCAGGGCCAUGAGAACAGCACCCAACCCUCCCGAACUCACAAGUCGCGGUCUGCGUGUCAGCCUUCCUGUCAUGACACCCACGAACCACUCUCUGCCAGCUCCAACUCUUGCGUGGCUCUUUUACGAAGUCCAAGAUCUUCUUGUAUGUGUGUUUCUCGACCACGAUCGUGAGACGUUGGCCCAGGUCCACUGCAGGGCAGAGUCGACAUGCCUCGUCGGCGUACCGAAAUCACUCCUGAACCUCUUUGAGUCGACUGAGCUGUUCAUCCAUCCAAGUGGCUAUUUUGCAGAUAGCAACACUGGAUACUCCCCAACGUCUCUUUUCUCAUCCAAACGAGUGAAACUGUUAUUGAAGAUGCAAUCAACUCAAAUGUCUUCUCUCCGUGUUGUACUGGCUUAUCCUAACGACGAGUGGAUGAAACGGGAGAUGUCGAUGCACGACUUUUCAUUCAGAGUCUUGUGGAUUUGUUGCACCCAAGGGUCGCAAUCUUCACUCUUUAGAAUCGAUUUCACGAUAUCAAGCGACAACGCUUCGUGUUCUAUUCGCGAACUACCCGACUCGCAAACCAAUGACAAGAUGGACGAGGCUCGCAAAAGUGCCUUACUCCGCGCAUGUGCACAGUACAAGAAGUCUUUCCUCGCUCAUGCGGAUCGGUCUGUGAAGAGGUCCGGCCGGCUACCGGGGACUGUCUUUUCGUCUGCUUUGAAUCGAAAGCCUACAUCUAAGGAUAACCUUGUGGUUUAUGAGAUGAGGGUCGACGCUUGGGAUUCGGUCAAGUGUCCAAGCUGGGUUCAAUUGAGUCUUAUGCAAGACCAGAAGGAAGUUGACGAUGGGUUGUAG